UCGGCUAUGAUUAUUUAUCAUGAUAUAUGUAUACAACUCUCGUCUUUCAUCGCCAAAUUGUUAGGAAAGAACGCUGUAUACAGCGAGCUAUGUUAUACUUCUGAAGUUCAUAUGAUAAAAAAUAUAUAAAACAACCGACACGUCACUUUCAUGUAAUCAAAAUAAACCGUACGUCAGAACGCCCAAGGGUAAACUAAGUAACCCGUGCUUAAAACUUUAUUAUUAUCAUUUUAGAGGAAGGAAUGGCUGACUGUAGACAAUUUAGAGUUUUUCAGUUGAGGAAAUUUCUGACAUUAAAAGACUAUUGAUCCUCGCCAGUGAUUCUUUGAGAACAGUUGAAAAACCCGGAGGACUGUGUUUUUUGUGUGGCGAUGUUAGUGCGUGCUUGGAGAUCAUUGCAGACUUUUGAUUAUUAAGUUAGCAGAAAAAAGCAAAUUUCUGAUCUUCUGGGACUUAAUGAUACUGAAGAUAAUUUGGAAAAAUUAUAUUUCGUUUUCAUCUCUUUGCAAAGCAAUUUCAGUAUGAAUCUUUCUACAGAUAUCAUGCAGGACAGCUCUCCCGGGAAUGGCUCCUUUGAUUUUGCGAAAAUGGAUCUAUUUGUCUUAAGUUCCGAGACACUUGUUAUCAUUUGUAUCUUCUCCGCCAUAUUUGUUGUGGGAAUGCUGGGUAAUAUUGCCCUCCUGAGUUACGUCAUAUGCCGUAAUCGAAUGACGUCACCACAUAAUAUCUAUUCAACUAAUUUGGCAAUAGCUGACCUUCUAACUUUGGUAAUAGCCAUGCCAUUCUUGUCCUCCAUCUAUGUAUUGACCAACUGGCCGUUUGGUGAGCCAGUUUGCAAACUCAGUGAAUGUAUUCAUACGCUGACUACAUCCAUCACCGUUUUCAUGAUCACAGCUUUAAGCAUAGAGAGAUAUAGAGUGACCACGGUAUAUCAAACGUCUUCAAACCUCCCGUCAGCGUCUGUGAUUUCUUUCUUUCUGUGGCUAGUGGCUGCCAUGUUGGCCAUUACUGACCUAGUCUCAGCGGAGACUGUAUCCCACAAGAACUUCCACUUCUGUCAGCCUUAUAAGGCAGCUUGGGGAGAGACGUACGCCAAAACUCUGACUCUCAUUAAGUUUGCAUUUACUUUCGCCAUACCCAUGUUCAUCAUUACUUCAUUUUAUUUUUUGAUUGGAUACAAGCUGAGUUCAAAAUGUUCACGGUAUGAUUCGUGUUACUAUGGCGAGAACCAUGCUGAGGUCGAGGAGGCGAUGAGUAGAAAUUCCAGAAGAAAACGCAUGGUAGUUCUAGUUUUUGGCCUCGUUCUGGUUUUUGUUGUGACAUGGCUGCCCCGACACGUAUACUUAAUGUGGUUUUACUUUGAUCCUUCACCUUAUGAUUUCAUAUGGCACGUUGUAAAACUGACUGGGGUGUGUCUCAUGUUUUGUAACGCUGCCCUAAAUCCCCUCGUGUUUUUCUCAUUCGACCCGAGAUUUCGUGAUUAUUGUUUCUGUAGCAAGUCUCAAUCUAGCGGAGAUUUAGAGGAAUAUAACGAGUUACCUCAUGAGACAGUAAUCCUCAGCGACUUACCCGGUAACUCCGUGAUCCUCACAAACGUCACUCAGAAGGACGGGGGCACCAAGGUGUAAGUCAAUGGAGGCUCAGAAAUCUCAUACAGCGUCAAUCGGCUCAGAAGUGUUGAAAAAAUCGUCGUUAAAGCGGAAAAGAGUUCAUUUUACUUUAAAUUUAUCACAGAUCUGACAGAUUUUUGUGAGAUUAAAAUAUAUAUUGUGUUUAAAAUGUAUCAAAGAAUAUUGUUAUAUAUUACCUCAAGAAAUCUGACAGAUGUGCAGUCCAUGUCAAAAACUAGAAGUAGUAUAAAAGUAUUUAACACCUCAAUACCGACGUUAGCUAGAGAUGUACAAUGUAUAUGUCAAACUCACGAGUUAUAUAAAAAUAAAAGUACACUCUUUACAGAGUUUGCCAUUUCACAAGGAAAAUUACUUUUUAAAUUGUAUGAUUAAGUUGAAAUUUAUUAUAUAAAAUUGUAUUCAUAUUCCAUGCUUA